AAUGGCCAGAACCAAGCAGACUGCUCGUAAAUCUACAGGUGGCAAAGCUCCCAGAAAGCAGCUUGCUACCAAAGCUGCUCGUAAAAGCGCCCCAGCUACUGGCGGCGUGAAGAAGCCUCACCGCUACAGGCCUGGUACAGUAGCCUUGAGAGAAAUUCGUCGCUAUCAAAAGUCCACUGAGCUGCUGAUUCGUAAACUACCCUUCCAGCGCCUGGUGAGAGAAAUCGCCCAGGAUUUCAAGACCGACCUUCGCUUUCAGAGCUCGGCCGUCAUGGCUCUGCAGGAGGCCAGCGAGGCGUAUCUGGUUGGUCUGUUCGAGGACACCAACCUGUGUGCCAUCCACGCCAAGAGGGUGACCAUCAUGCCCAAAGACAUCCAGCUGGCUCGCCGUAUCCGUGGCGAGCGUGCUUGA